UGUAUGCUCUCCAUCCCACCUCAAAAGCCCCAGCGCUGGAGAUUGCUUCCUAGCGCAGAAUGAGAGCUUCAUAGCCGUUUCUUACUGAGUCUGUGCAAAUAGAAUUGACCAUUUAGAUUGCGCCCGCAUCUCCGAAGUUGAGCGAACCCCCGCAAUUGACACGGCCUUGAUUAAACUCCCACCCAAUACUUUCCCCUCACAUCAUCUCGGUGUGAAGAUCCAGAAAAAGACAAUGGAACGCCUCUCGAUCAACGAGCCCCCCGCCGGUGGCCCUCAGGGCAAUGCGCCGCAGGGAUUCCCGCCCCAGAACAACAACACCCUCGGACCCAUGACGCAUGGUCCCCCGCAGCUGCCGCCGCAGAUGUUCACCACAGCGGCUCAAUUAUUGGAUUUGACCGACAAGAAGCUUGUUUUGGUCUUGCGUGACGGAAGGAAGUUGAUUGGCGUCCUGAGAAGUUGGGAUCAGUUCGCCAACCUCGUUCUCCAAGAUACCAUCGAACGCCUCUACUCGGGGAAUCUGUACGCCGACAUCCCGCGCGGCAUCUUCCUUGUCCGUGGCGAGAACGUAUUGCUUCUCGGAGAGAUUGACCUCGACAAAGAAGACGAUGUGCCCCCUCACCUCCAACGAGCGUCGUUCCAGGAAGUGUUCGAAUUGAAGAAGCAAGAGGAGAUCAAGCGCAAAUCCAACGACAAGAAGCGACACGGCAAGUUACAGACCCUGGGAUUCGAGCCAGAACACAGCGGGGAGAUCUUAUUCUAGAGACUGCCCUGAACCCCACCAUUUCCAUCGCAUUCCGUUGCACGGCGGCUUGCGUCGGCCAUGCUGUUUGUCACAGAGAUAAGAGCAAAACAUAAGGUUGGAUUCCGAGGGGCAGGAUAUGGGAGCUUGGGUGCCGGUUGCAACCCCCAGCUGCCCUCCAGGGACCGUUUGCAGGGAGACAGGUCGCUUGCCGCUGAUCCCUUACCCGGGCGGCGAUUUUGAAUAGCUGUGUAGAAGGUGUAGGGCUGGCGGACGACUCUCCCAAUGGCUGUGAAAGCUCGUCGAUCUCUCCAUGGGAGCGAGAGAUGUGCUGGGUUCGCGGAUAAUUGGCUGGAAGGUGAACCAUAUGUGCGUGCGUGUGUGUGUGUGUGUGUGUGUGUGUGUGUGUGUGUGUGUGUGUGUGUGUGUGUGUGUGUGUGUGUGUGUGUGUGUGUG